GGCGCUUCUCUCUGCUACAAGUUUCAGUGAUAUUAACCUCUUAUGUUGUCUCGUAUUGUUUUGUAAUAAGAAAACACGAAAUAUAUGCUCUUGCAUCAGAGCUUGAAGUAAAUAAAUAAGGUUAAAUAUUUACCAUUUCAAAUAUUUCCUUCUUGUAAUAAUUUUGUAGAAUGUAGCAGUGUGCUAUAUUACUUCUGGCAAUUAAAUUAAUAAUAAAGGAGUGUAAAAUGCAUAGUGAAAGUGAAGAAGGAGAAAUUGUAUUCGAUUUUGAAGAUUUUACAGAAGAAUUACAUAGUUUUCCGCAUAUUAUAAAAUUCAUACGUAAACUGCACGACCAUAUUAAAAAACAACAGAAGAAAAUUGAUAAACUACGAAGGAAACUUAAUGAGCAGAAACAGCAAGACUUGCUCUGUACAAAAACAUAUGUACACUGUGGGACUCAGACAAAUCCUUUAGAUUUCAAUAAAUUAUCAUUAUCACAGAAUUGGGAUGUUAGUGAUAGCGUAAAAUCACCUAGUAUAGUAGAUCAAGUGACGCAAGUAGCAGAAUCAGCUUUAUUACAGACUGGUUUUGUUUAUGAGCAAACAUCAGGAAUGUAUUAUGAUUAUAAUACUGGAUAUUAUUAUGAUACAAAGCAAGGUUUAUAUUACGAUGGAAAUACGGGAACAUAUUACUACUAUGAUGAGGCUAGUAAGACGUACCAAUUUCACAGUCAAAUUUGUACAAACAAGACUACUCCAACACAUCUUGCAACUUCUCAAAUGAAGGAGGAACAAGGAAUUGGAAAAUCAUACAAGGAUGACGUUAAAAAACGAAAACUUAUAAGUGAAGAAAAUUCGGAAGAUAAAGUACCUGAAGAGGGCGAAUGUUCAGAGAGUGAGAAUGACGGCGUUUUUGACGAAAUUAUGCCUGACGUAUAUACGAGUAGCGAAAAUGACGAUGAAGAACAAGAUUUAGCAAAAAAUUAUCCACCAUGUAUGAGAAUUAUUGUCAAGGAAACAGAUUUAACGAAAUUAAAAUUAGGCUCCCUUUUUCUCGUGACAUGUACAGGAGGUUCAUUAGGUCGAGAGGGAGACCAUUCGGUGUUGAUACCGGACAUAAAUAUUAGUAAGUAUCAUGCACGUUUUAUAUAUGACGAAGCCAAGAAACAGUAUCAAGUAAUAGAUUCUGGUUCAAGAAAUGGUACUUUUAUAAAUGGCAAAAGACUGUCAGUAGCUAAGCAAGAAUCUGAGCCUCAUGAAAUAACGCAUGGGUCAGUUAUAAAAAUUGGCGGAACGAAAUUAUUAUGCCAUAUUCAUAAUGGAAAUGAAACGUGUGGCCAUUGCGAACCGGGUCUUGUUCAACAAAACAUCAAUCUCAAUGAAAAUAAGGCUUUGAAGACAAAGCUUCAUAAGGAAGAGUUGCGACGUCUGAAACAUAAAUUUGGAAUUGAAAAUGAUAAUGUUAUAUCUAGUAGUCAAUUAGCUUCGGGUUAUCAAGACAGAGCGCAAGCUAGGCGGCAGCAUGUAGGUUCCUCGGAUCCUCACGCUAAAACGCAACAAAGUUCUAUUUACACAUCCAUAACAAAGGAUAAUAAAGGAUUCAAGUUGCUUUCAAAAAUGGGUUGGUCUGAAGGUCGCUCCUUGGGCAAAGAUGGAGAUGGAAGGACAGAACCUUCGCACCGUCGCCGCGUACCGAUUUAGUCCUGGUUGCUUGUCUUGUCGCAUUUCAACGGCGAUAAAACGAGCACCGUCGGUACGAGUAGAACAUUCGUAUGAUAACGAGAGUAACUAUGCGAAAUGGCGAAAGAAGAAACCGCUCGGAUUGCAGACCGUGAACAACAGAGUAGUAGCCGGGGAUAAUAAAUGCAAAUGUAUUAAAAUCCAAAUCAUUAUUUUGUCUAGACGCAUCAUAUGCCUCAUUGCAUAUACUAGGAUACACAGUCGGCGGUGACGUCUGUACGCAUAAAAGGAUUGAAGGGUGGGAUAAAGACACAUAUAUACACACACGCAUGCAUGCGCGCGCGCACAAGCUCUCUCUCUCUCUCUCUCUCUCUCUCUCUUCCUCCCUCCCUCUUCCUCUUCCUCUCCCUCCCUCCUCCCUGUUAUUUCUCUCGUCUGUACUGGUGUUCAUUGUGCCUAACUAUCCAUUUGUUUGUCCUGUUGUCCUAGUAGUCUCCUCCCUAUCCACCUUUUUUGUCAAAUUCGUAUUUUGCUCUAACAGUUAUUUCCAUUAAAGCCGCUUUUAUUUUUUGCUCGUAAAACAUCACAUUGCUUUAGAACUAGAAUUUGAAGUUACGUUUUUUGUCAUAUAUGAUUUUCUUUUAAAUAAAUAUUAUAAAUAACAGUAUAUGAA